AAUGAAGCAGUUCGCAUUGUUUGGCAUACUUUUGCUCAUCCUGGCCCUGGGACUGUCUGAGUGGCCCCAGCAGGUGUCUGCCGUGGCCCUGGCCCAGCCCCAGAAGGGCCCGAAAGCCCCUCCGAGUGGUGGAAGCGGCAAUCAGCAAAGUGGACAAGGCCAAAACGGUCAAAACGGUCAAAACGGGCAAAACGGGCAAAGUGGUCAAAACAAUAAGUAGACUGUGAAUGCUGUAGUUUGAAAGGAUAUCAAUCUACUGUAAUGCAUUGCUUUUGUUCGAUUUAAUAAAUAUUUUCACCUGCGAAAAUACA